CAGCCCGCCCCUCCGCCCUCCUCCCCCCGCCCGCGGCUCAGCGCCGCCUGAGAGGAAACAAAGUGCUGCGGGCGGGAGACUCGGCGGCGGCGGCGGCGGCGCGCGGACUCUGCUCGGCUCUCCCGGCCACCCUCACCCCAUAUUUCCCGAGCGUGUGUGCGCGCGUGUGUGCUUCGUCCUUCCCCCGACGUCGGCCUUUCAGCGAGCGCGGAUCGUCGGUUCGUGCCUUCCCUCAGGCUUCUCCGCCUGCCGCCCCCUCCGUGUUCCGGCGCUGCCCGCGGCCUCCGCGCUCAGCUCUCCUCGCCGAUCGCCAUGGCGACAGCGACCCCCGUGCCGCCGCGGACGGGCAGCCGCGCCGGCGGCCCCGCCACGCCACUGAGCCCCACGCGGCUGUCGCGGCUGCAAGAGAAGGAGGAGCUGCGCGAGCUCAACGACCGGCUGGCCGUGUACAUCGACAAGGUGCGCAGCCUGGAGACGGAGAACAGCGCGCUGCAGCUGCAGGUGACGGAGCGUGAGGAGGUGCGCGGCCGCGAGCUCACCGGCCUCAAGGCACUCUACGAGACCGAGCUGGCCGACGCGCGACGCGCGCUCGACGACACGGCCCGCGAGCGCGCCAAGCUGCAGAUCGAGCUGGGCAAGUUCAAGGCCGAGCACGACCAGCUGCUCCUCAAUUAUGCUAAGAAAGAAUCUGAUCUCAGUGGAGCCCAGAUCAAGCUUCGGGAAUACGAAGCAGCGCUGAAUUCGAAAGAUGCAGCUCUGGCUACUGCACUUGGUGAUAAAAAAAGUUUAGAGAGCGAUUUGGAGGAUCUGAAGGAUCAGAUUGCCCAGUUGGAAGCCUCUUUAGCUGCUGCGAAAAAACAGUUAGCAGAUGAAACUUUACUUAAAGUGGAUUUGGAGAAUCGCUGUCAGAGCCUUACUGAGGACUUGGAGUUUCGUAAAAACAUGUAUGAGGAGGAGAUUAAUGAGACCAGAAGGAAGCAUGAAACUCGCUUGGUAGAGGUGGAUUCUGGGCGUCAGAUUGAGUAUGAGUACAAGCUGGCUCAAGCCCUUCAUGAGAUGAGAGAGCAACACGAUGCCCAAGUCAAGCUGUACAAGGAAGAGCUGGAGCAGACUUACCACACCAAACUUGAGAAUGCCAGACUGUCGUCAGAGAUGAAUACAUCUACUGUCAAUAGUGCCAGGGAAGAACUGAUGGAAAGUCGUAUGAGAAUUGAGAGCCUCUCAUCUCAGCUUUCUAAUCUACAGAAAGAGUCUAGAGCAUGUUUGGAGAGGAUUCAAGAGUUGGAGGACUUGCUUGCUAAAGAAAGAGACAACUCUCGCCGCAUGCUGUCUGACAAAGAGAGAGAGAUGGCGGAAAUCCGGGAUCAGAUGCAGCAACAGCUGAACGAUUAUGAACAACUUCUUGAUGUAAAGUUGGCCCUGGACAUGGAAAUCAGUGCGUACAGGAAGCUCUUAGAAGGCGAAGAAGAGAGAUUGAAGCUCUCUCCGAGCCCUUCUUCCCGUGUGACAGUAUCACGCGCAUCCUCGAGUCGCAGCGUGCGUACAACCAGAGGGAAGCGGAAGAGAGUGGACGUGGAAGAAUCCGAGGCCAGCAGUAGUGUCAGCAUCUCUCAUUCUGCCUCAGCCACUGGGAAUGUCUGCAUUGAAGAGAUAGAUGUUGAUGGGAAAUUUAUCCGCUUGAAGAACACUUCCGAACAGGAUCAACCAAUGGGAGGCUGGGAGAUGAUCAGAAAAAUUGGAGACACAUCAGUCAGUUACAAAUAUACCUCAAGAUAUGUGCUGAAGGCAGGCCAGACUGUUACAAUCUGGGCUGCAAAUGCCGGUGUCACAGCCAGUCCUCCCACCGACCUCAUCUGGAAGAACCAGAACUCUUGGGGCACUGGCGAAGAUGUGAAGGUUAUAUUGAAAAAUUCUCAGGGAGAGGAGGUUGCUCAAAGAAGUACAGUCUUCAAAACAACCAUACCUGAAGAGGAAGAGGAGGAGGAAGAAACAGCUGAAGUGGCUGUCGAGGAAGAACUUUUCCACCAGCAGGGAGCCCCAAGAGGUUCCAAUAGAAGCUGUGCAAUUAUGUAAACUUCUCACGUCAACUGUCUUCCUCAAAAUAAAGAAAUAUGGUAAUCCUUACCUACAUGCAGUGCAGAGCCUUCUCAGAAGCACAGAAUAUUUUUAUAUUUCCUUUAUGUGAAUUUUUAAGCUGCGAAUCUGAUGGCCUUAAUUUCCUUUUUUGACACUGAACGUUUUGUAAAAGAAAUCAUAUCCAUACACUUUGUUGCAAGAUGUGAAUUAUUGACACUGAACUGUGUACUGUUUGAAAAGGGUCCCUCAAAUUUUUUGACAUUUUUUUUGUAUGUGUGUGUUUUUUUUUAAGUUCUAAUGAGGAGGGGAGGGUAAAUAAACCACUGUGUGUCUGGGUUUAAUUUGAAGAUUGCUCCAUCUAGAUUAGCAAUCUGCUCUUGAUUAUUCUCUGCUAUAUAUAACGGUGCUGUGAGGGAAGGGAAAAGCAUUUUUCAAUAUAUUGAACUUUUGUACUGAAUUUUUUUGUAAUAAACUAUCAAGGCUACAAAAAUUUUUUUUAAAUAGAAAAGAGAAAUUUUGUAAGAAGGCAAUAUUAAUCUAAUCAUCAUGUAAGCACUCUGGA